UCAAAACAAAACUUCCCUACACAUACAAAUUACAAAGCAUCAUCAAGUAUUUUUCUUGCACAUUUUGAAGCAUUCAAUCAUUAUAUAUAUAUCACAAUGGAGAGAGUGAACAAAAUGGUGUCCGAGAAGCCAAUUGUGAUCUUUAGCAAGACGGAAUGUUGCAUGAGCCACACCAUCAAGUCCCUCUUCUAUGAUUUUGGAGUCAACCCUACGAUUUAUGAGCUCGACGAGAUGCCGUGGGGCCAAGAGAUCGAGCAAGCGCUGCUGCGGCUGGGUUGCACCCAGACCGUGCCAGCGGUGUUCAUAGGUGGCGAGUUUGUGGGCGGAGCCAACGAGAUCAUGAGCCUCCACCUCAAGAGGUCCUUGAAGCCCAUGCUCAAGAGGGCCGGCGCGUUAUGGGUCUGAUUCAUGUUAUCAACUGACUACAUAUGAUAUUAAUAAUAAUAAUAACUAUAAUAAUAAUAAUAACUAUAAUAAUAAUAAUAAUGCAGCUUUUUGUAGUUUGGAUAUGAGUGCCAAAGUAUAGUUGUAUGAAUAGUUAGUAGAGGUGUAGGGAGAGAGUGAGCCUUUUUGUGCUUCGAGUUUUCCUAAUUAUAUAUGUAAAAUAACGUGUGUACUUCAACCUUUUUGUAUUGAAGUUGCACUCUGAUAUAUAUUGUGGAAGUUAUGGAAAUUAUAGUUUGAAUAA